GAUGGACACCGAGGAACGCAUCCAGGCCGUCUCCCAAUUUCUCCUCCAAUCUCCCCCAGGAGAGAUCAAUGACGUCCUCAACGAUGUCCGAAACAUUAUAUCCGACGACGACAGCCUGCAGGCCGGCGUGUACCCGGCCCUCCAGGAGUACAACAUCAAACAGUUCAUCGUUGCAGAUGUGCCAGGUAUAAAGCACCAGUCGAUCAUAAGCGAUGCUGCGAAGAUUGAGGGAGAGGAGGAGCGGUACUUGGAUCCGCGGUCGAAGACGACAUUUCUUUUCGACCACAUCUCGCUGGAAACAUCCGAGACGCGAGCCUUCGAGCCAGACACCGAAUCAGAGCCAUUCCGAGUAGCCUUGGAGUCUGCUACCCUCUCCUACCUCGCCGCACACUUCCAAGACGGCGUCGCCUCUGUCUUCGCGAAACCACGCUCAUCCACGUCCUUCACUGUCCAGAUCGUCGCCAACAAAUACAACCCCUCGAAUUACUGGUCUGGGCGAUGGCGAUCGGAAUACGUCGUUGACCUCGAAGCGAGCACGAUAUCCGGCCGCGUUCUCGUCAACGUACAUUACUACGAGCAAGGAAACGUCCAGCUCGAGACCCAUCAUACCACCUCGAUCACACUCCCACCCACCAUCUCAGCCUCCUCACCCGCACCCUCAGCAACGAAAAUCCUCGCGCUCAUCGAAGACCAGGAGGGCGUGUAUCAGGCCUCGUUGGCCGAAACCUACCACGAGAUGAGCGAGAAAACCUUCAAGGGCUUGCGCCGUGCGCUUCCGCUCACGCGUCAGAAGAUUGACUGGGACAAGGUGUUGGGAUACAAGCUGGGAGCCGAGCUGUCCUCUAGCAAGGGCGUCUUCGGUAACUCAUAGCUUAUGGACAGAUCGACCAAGGUUGCAAGUAGAGAGAGCGACACGCGAUCAGGCCGACGGGAUGUAGAAGCAUAAUUUUGUUGUAAAAUUCCAGAGUUCUCUUUUCCUUUCUUCGCAUAUUCUGAAGGCUUUCCGCCUUUUUAAUGCACGAGUACACCACG